UCAAAUUCUAUACAAAGUCAUAUUCUUCAAGAUCUUGAUAUAGUAUAUGAAGAAAAUUCAAGAUUAACAAAACAGAUUAAUAUUGAAGAAAAGAAUAAUGAUAUUAAACCAAAAGUAGAAAGUCAACAUUGUG